AUGGUGUUAGUACUGGUCAUAGGAGACUUGCACAUUCCACAUCGGGUACACGACUUGCCUUUAAAAUUCAAAAAACUACUGGUGCCCGGUAAAAUACAACAAAUUAUCUGUACUGGAAAUGUAUGUGAUAAAGAAACUUUUGAUUACUUGAGAACAGUGGCCGCUGAUGUCCAUGUUGUAAGAGGUGACUACGAUGAAUCCCAAAACUGGCCUCUAUCAAAAAUUGUAACCCACGGACCUCUUCGUAUCGGUGUUCUCCACGGACACCAAGUGAUCCCAGUUGGCGAUAAAGAAUCAUUAUCAAUUGUCGCGCGACAAAUGGACGUGGAUAUACUAUUGACAGGCCAUACACAUCGGUUUGUUGCAUAUGAUCAUGAAGGGAAAUUUUUCGUGAACCCUGGGAGUGCUACUGGUGCCUAUUCAGGAUUCGGCGCAGAUGAUAUAAAGCCAUCGUUUGUGUUGAUGGAUGUUCAAGGAACUGUGGUGACAACAUACGUGUAUCAAUUAGUUGAUGGUGAUGUCAAAGUAGAAAAAAUUGAAUAUCGAAAAUCUUAUGACGCGAGUGGCAGAGUUUUAUAA